UUGGUCAUUCUGCUGUAGGAUUCUCUUCCGGUUGUUGAAGAUCUUUGGGUGGCUUCGGCCUGCAGUAGCAGGAAGCUGUCUGCUAGCAGAGAAGAGCACAAUUAUUGGGAUUCUUCAUAAAGCCUACUUUAUUGUCAACAAAUAUCACCACUGUUUAGAUACUGUAAAAACAUGAAAAAAACGAAAAUGGAAGUGAACGUGCAAUUUGGAAGGAUACAUUUUUGGACAAAGUUUGUUGAAGGACCGUAGGCUUUGCUUGUAUCCCUCCAUGGAAAUCCGUUUUUGUCACAGUCUGGAACAUUUUGCUCAGUCUCAUUUUUGAAAAGUGAUGCCUUCAGCCCAUGGGCCGUAUCAUUUCAUCAUGGAAAGGCAGAAAUCACUGAGUAGUUUCUCUUCGGCACCAUUUGGUGGAGAAGCAUGUACCUUUAUCUGCACUGAGUGCGGUGAUGGGUUCCCUCAUUACACUCAAGUAAUCGCCCACAUGACCAUCCAUGGACCUUUGGAAUCGUUUUCCUUUGAUGGCUCAUCCAACGGAUUUGAAGUCCCUCGAGAAUACGUCCUACAAGAAAAUGGAACAUUGGCGGUUGUAAAUGGCUUUUCAGUGACACAUUCAUCUCCGAAACCAGCAUCCCCGGAAGCUCUGCCACACUACCCGUAUGCUGCAAAGCCACCGUCUCCAAAACCCCCAAUUCAAACACCAAGGGCACAGUCCUGCAAUUCACACCCAAAUACACCAAGGUCAUCGGACUUGAUUGUUGAAAAGCCUCAGCCGAGUCAUUACCGCUGUGAAAUUUGCAGUAAGUCAUUCCACAGCCUGCAGAGUUUACGUCGCCACCAGCAGUAUAACAACACCGAGGAGGGUUACAAGUGUACAUUGUGCUGCAAGACCUUUGCGGGUAGACUGGAGCUGAAGGCGCACUUCAAAGGCCACGCGCGGCAACCGUUUCACUGCUGCAGACAUUGCGGAAAGCGAUUCAUAAAAGCACACGCUCUGGUCGCUCACGAAAAAGAAAGCCACCUCAUUACUAACGCUGGGAAUUCUGACAAUAACGAAGACAACAAAUUGAAAAAAACGUAUCUAUGUCGAAUGUGCAAGCUACAUUUCUUUUGGAUGUCAGAUUUCCAGACCCAUGUACUGUACCAAUGCAAAGGUAAAGAGUUUAACACCGCGUUAACUGACGUUGGACUGACUAUAAAACAUCGUGGUAGACCUAUUGAAAACUGCUACAGUAACGGUACAGUUUUUGACAUUGAGAACGGCAAUGAAGACGAUGAAAACAUGAGCCAGAUUGACACAUCAUACAGAUACGAUUUAAGUAACGACCCUCUCCCAAAACUAAGAGCACUUAAGGAACAUCAUUUCACACAUCAAAAUCAGGAAGAAAUCGAUCCGCUGGAUGAAGAAUCAGGAAAACCUAAACAAAGAAUAAAGCCCAGAUCUCGAUACAGAAGACGAAGUCCAAAUGGGAAACUAUAUCCUUGCAAACACUGUCAGCGAGUCUUCAAUCAUUCUAGUAGUUUGUCAAGGCACAUGAGAUACCAUAAAGGUACUAUGCACGCAUGUACAGUUUGUGGUCGACGUUUCCCUCAGCGCUGUGAUUUAACGAGUCACAUAGCACGGUUCCACAAGGACAUGGAAAGAACGACACAGGAUGGGACGCAAUCAGCGAAACUAGGCCGAGCCAAUUACAAGUGUCAAGAUUGCGGGAAGACAUUUGGUCUGAUGUGUGUUUACCAGCGACAUUUGACGUAUCACAAAAGAGGUCAACAUAAGUGUCACUUGUGUUCGGCCCGUUUCAUGGAUGCUUCAACGCUUCAGGUUCACCUUCAGAAUCACCCAAGUGAUGGAACAAGACAUGAUCUGGACCAGUCGUGUCAUGUCACUGGCACAAACGGGAACCCUUCGCUAGUCAUGAAGAGUCCUGCAGAUAUCAUAGCAGAGGAUGACAUGGUUGAUCAUACCCCAAAUGACAAUAGUCCCACAGAUAGUACAGAAGAUGACGACAUGGCGGAUAGUACCCCAAAUGACAAUAGUCAUGCAGACAACCUAGAGGACGAUGACAUGGUUGACCGUACCCCAAAUGACAAGAGUCAUUCAGACAGUAUAGAGGAAGCUACGCCAAAUAAAGACAAUUCCGAGGUUCAUUACGAAUGCACUGACUGCACAGAGACGUUCUCAUGCUUUGAAACGUUUCUUCUACACCAGACUUCUCAUGUCUCCAAAAACAUUGGCUAAAUGUCAUGUUUUUGUCUGACAAAAAUUCAGCUCUCAGGAGUUGAGCAACUUAUUUAGGUAGAUACAGUAGUUGGAUGAUAGUUACUUUUAUUAAUAUCCAAGACAAAUUCACAAAAUUCAAUAUUGGUAUUGAGUUUGAUGGUGAAACGCUUCUGUACAAUUUUCUUUUUUUUUUUUCAACAUGGGAGACACAGCCUUGAACAAAAGCUCACCAAUUGACAAAACGUUCCAUCGUUUUUUCCAUUGGCAACCCACAAUUGUCAUAAUAUACUCACGAAUGUGAUUUUGAUAUUUCAUUUGUUUAUCCAUUGUUUUGUUUUUUUUUAUAUUCCCAUUAAAUUGAUAUAUUACUGAAUGUCCGUCACCUUUUAUUCCUCCUUCUGUGGUCAUGACUUUACUGUAUGAGACUUCAAGUAACAGUGUUUGUCCCUAUGUUAAUCAGUACCUUGCUUAUUUGGGCAAAGACAGGAGUUUUUAGAGUGUGCCGCAGAAUAUAAUGCAAUCAUGUUCAUAUUCUGUUGAGUUUGAGUUUUCUACACACCUUAGACAUGUUGUAGGAACUGAAAAUCUAAUUUGGCUUUCAUGUAGCUGUAGUUAGCUUAGCAGAUCUGGAAAAUAUUUUUUUCUGGUAUUUUUUUUCUUGAACUCUUCUGGCUCCUUGAGUUUGAGUUUUCUGCACACCUUAGACACGUUGUAGGAACUGAAAAUCUAAUUUGGCUUUUAUGUAGUUGUAGUUAGCUUAGCAGAUCUGGAAAAUAUUUUUUUCUGGUAUUUUUUUUUUUCUACUCCUGAAAUCUUCUGGCUCCUCUCAGAGGACGCAUGCCUCAGAUUUAGAAAAAAACGUGCUCUUGGGUAUUUUUUUUCUUCUGUGUCCUUGUGCAUACAAAAUCGACUGUUGCAUGCUGAGGCAGCACAAUUAUAACAGUUGAGGGCACCCUUUUCCAUUGUGUUCCUUGUGGCAUUGGCAUUUUUUUUGGUAGACUUUCUCGAUAUGGACAUGACCUCAAAGGUUGUCUGGCACUCCUACAUACUCAACCUCUGCCAAGGCCAUGUUGUUUUUUGUUGUGGAAAAAAAUCAUAGUGACCCAUAAAAAUCUGGUACAGAUCCAGAUAAAAAUGCUGACCCGGUAUUUAUUUUUAAUUGAUCAUUGCAGGAUUCAGACUUCAUGGCAGUUUUUUUGCGUAGUUUGGAAGGCACAUUACCACCACCUACUAGAAAUAAAUGUUUUACAUCAGAACAGACUGUUUUAGAUCUUAGGUAUUAGGCCCUUUUAACCUAUGUUUUUUUUUUGCCAAACUAUGGAUCUGUAUCCAAAAUGGUUCAUUGGACAGUUUAUUGUAUCACCGAUUGUUGAAAAGUUACGUUCUUUAUCUUGGCAAAUGACUUUGAUUUAUUUUGGGUCAGUAACCAAUGACCUAUAAUGACUGUGUAAUAAUACUCUGGGGUUAUUACAAUACUGUAAUACCAAAGCUUUGAAUUUCAGAUUCCUCGUCAAGUUGAUUGACGAAGGCUUUGCACAUCAUACUUUGUCUUGAUUCAUGUUUGCCCAUAAUGGCAUCGAUCAGUGGCAUGUGCGAGCUUCCUUGCCAUUGCAGCAGAUUCUGGUGUUCUCCUCAGGUGUACUGUUUUGAUUUAGUUAGCAAGUGUGGUUCUGAGUUAACUCACAAAAGAACUGUAAUAUGUGGUGUUCCGAGGUGUUUACCAGCCUUGACAGUUUCUGUUUGGGAAACGUUGACUUGAAUAUGUCUGAAUGACUACCUCUGUAACUGCAGAAUAAGUACAUAAGUACCUUUUGUUCGGCCUUUCUCCAAGGUGAGCUAAAAAAAUAAUAAUAAUAAAGUGGACACACUUUUUGGCUCAGUGUAUGUAGUUUUGAUAUGCCAUUUAUGUUCUGUAAAGAAAGUCUACCUUCAAAAGACAUAAUACAGCUGGGGUCACUGCUGCCUAAAAAAAAUGAUUUUCCAGAGUAUAUCUAUAGAGAGAGUUUCCUGCUCACCGCAGACUAUUCACUUAACUGAAGCUAAGUAAGUAUGUUCUUUAUUUUUCUCAAGCUGCUUUGAUAUUUCUGACGUUUACUGGAUCGUUCCACUGUUGGCCCACAUCACACUGGCAAAAUUACUGU